GCCAUAAACCCUGGGCCCGGCAGCAAAGUGGGGGAGGAUGUUGAUUGUUGGAACACACACCUGUCCAGGUGCAGGGGAGCUGGAGGCUCUGUGAGAGGAGGGCCAGCUCAGUCACAGCAGGAGGACUGACAGGUGAGGGGUCGCUGCAAGGAGCUGGGGCCUGCCAGGGCCAGGGGCCUGAUGGAGGAGUUGGUGGGGCUGCGUGAGGGCUCCUCAGGGGACCCUGUGACUCUGCAGGAGCUGUGGGGCCCGUGUCCCCGCAUCCGCCGAGGCGUCCGAGGUGGUCUGGAGUGGCUGAAGCAGAAGCUGUUUUGCCUGGGUGAGGACUGGUACUUCCUGAUGGUCCUCGGGGUGCUCAUGGCCCUGGUCAGCUAUGCCAUGGACUUGGCUGUCAUGAGUGUUGUCCAAGCGCAUGAGUGGCUGUACAGAGAGAUUGGGGACAGUCACCUGCUCCGGUAUCUCUCCUGGACUGUGUACCCUGUGGCCCUCGUCUCUUUCUCCUCGGGCUUCUCCCAGAGCAUCACGCCUUCCUCUGGAGGUUCUGGAAUCCCGGAGGUGAAGACCAUCUUGUCGGGUGUGGUCUUGGAGGACUACCUGGAUAUCAAGAACUUUGGGGCCAAGGUGGUGGGCAUGUGUUGCACCCUGGCCUGUGGCAGCACCCUCUUCCUGGGCAAAGUGGUAUGGGCAGGGGGCCCUUUCGUGCACCUGUCUGUGAUGAUGGCUGCCUACCUGGGCCGUGUGCGCACCACGACCGUCGGGGAGCCUGAGAACAAGAGCAAGCAAAACGAAAUGUUGGUGGCAGGUGCGGCAGUGGGCGUGGCCACAGUCUUUGGAGCUCCCUUCAGCGGCGUCCUGUUCAGCAUCGAGGUCAUGUCUUCCCACUUCUCUGUCUGGGAUUACUGGAGGGGCUUCUUUGCGGCCACCUGCGGGGCCUUCAUGUUCCGGCUCCUGGCGGUCUUCAAUAGCGAGCAGGAGACCAUCGCCUCCCUCUACAAGACCAGUUUCCGGGUGGACAUUCCCUUCGACCUGCCGGAGAUCUUCUUUUUUGUGAUACUGGGGGGUCUCUGCGGCAUCCUGAGCUGCGCUUACCUCUUCUGUCAGCGAAUCUUCUUUGGCUUCAUCAAGAGCAAUCGGUUCAGCUCCAAACUACUGGCCACCAGCAAGCCUGUGUACUCUGCCCUGGCCACCUUGGUUCUCGCCUCCAUCACCUACCCGCCAAGUGCAGGCCGCUUCCUAGCUUCUCGGCUGUCCAUGAAGCAGCAUCUGGACUCGCUGUUCGACAGCCAUGCCUGGGGGCUGAUGACCCGGAACUCCAGCCCACCCUGGCCUGAAGAGCUUGACCCCCAGCACCUGUGGUGGGAAUGGUACCACCCGCAGUUCACCAUCUUUGGGACCCUUGCCUUCUUCCUGGUUAUGAAGUUCUGGAUGCUGAUUCUGGCCACCACCAUCCCCAUCCCUGCCGGGUACUUCAUGCCCAUCUUCAUCUAUGGAGCUGCCAUUGGGCGCCUCUUUGGGGAGACUCUCUCUUUCAUCUUCCCUGAGGGCAUCGUGGCUGGAGGGAUUACCAAUCCCAUCAUGCCCGGGGGCUAUGCCCUGGCAGGGGCUGCAGCCUUCUCAGGGGCUGUGACCCACACCAUCUCCACGGCUCUGCUGGCCUUUGAGCUGACCGGCCAGAUAGUGCAUGCACUGCCCGUGCUGAUGGCGGUGCUGGCAGCCAACGCCAUCGCACAGAGCUGCCAGCCCUCCUUCUACGAUGGCACCAUCAUUGUCAAGAAGCUGCCAUACCUGCCACGGAUUCUAGGCCGCAACAUCGGCUCCCACUGCGUGAGGGUGGAGCACUUCAUGAACCGCAGCAUCUCCACACUGGCCAAGGACAUGCCACUGGAGGAGGUGGUCAAGGUCGUGACCUCCACAGACGUGGCCGAGUAUCCCCUGGUGGAGAGCACAGAGUCCCAGAUCCUGGUGGGCAUCGUGCGAAGGGCCCAGCUGGUGCAGGCCCUCCAGGCUGAGCCUCUUUCCUGGGCUCCAGGACACCAGCAGUGUCUCCAGGACAUCUUGGCUGGGGGCUGCCCCACGGAACCAGUGACCCUGAAGCUGUCCCCGGAGACUUCCCUGCAUGAGGCACACAACCUCUUUGAGCUGUUGAACCUUCAGUCCCUCUUCGUGACAUCGCGGGGCAGAGCUGUGGGCUGCGUGUCCUGGGUGGAGAUGAAGAAAGCAAUUUCCAACCUGACAAACCCACCAGCCCCAAAGUGAGCCAGUCCAGCAAGAUGAAACAGGGCACCCCAGCUGCCCUGGUACUGAGGUUGGGCUGAGACCCUGCCUCUCUUCCCCCGUCACCCCUUACCCCCACUCCAACCCAGCUCCAUUCCUUGGCAUAACAGACAACUCUAACCUAGCCCGGAAGAAGAUGGCUCAUCCUGGGUGUGACGAUGGCUCCUGCCUUGAAAGACAAAUCCCACCUUGGACAGAGCUGAGUGUGAGAUGAUGGAAAACCAGUGUCUGCCAGGUGCUCACUGACUGGCCAUCCAAUUAAUGGAUGACGGGAUUGGGAUAUGCUGUCACCGAGGGCCGGAGCAGAUGCCCUCUGGGGUUAUCUGGUUCCCAAUGAGAGGCUCCAGAGAAAAAUAAAGCUGGUUCCCAGAGCCGCUGUCCAUCCCUCA